AUGGCUCUGGAGUUUUCGCGGGAUAAAGACGAGGAGCUCAAGUUGGAGCGGGCACGGAGACAGCAGGCCGAGCAGGAGAAACAGCAGGCCCAGCAGGAGAAAAAGCAGGCCCAGCAGGAGAAACAGCAGGCCCAGCAGGAGAAACAAGCGAUUGGGCGAGAGCAGGAGUCGGCGAUGGCGGGACAGCGCCAGGCGGAAGAGAGAACCCGCCCAGCAGGAGAAACAGCAGGCCCAGCAGGAGAAACAAGCGAUUGGGCGAGAGCAGGAGUCGGCGAUGGCGGGACAGCGCCAGGCGGAAGAGAGAACCCGUUGAAUAAUCAGAGCACACACACGAGCGGCGCCCUCACGCGUGUGCAUCAGAGGACGAUUGGCCUUCAGAACGACAAAGUGUCCUACAGGAACUACCGGGCUGCAGCACGCGCCAUCUUCACGCUUAUUCGAGCCUUCUGUCCACCCGAAGACGACGUUUACGGCAACAAUACCCCGAGCGCUAGAGGCGCAGGAGCUUUCCAGAGAUGCUGUGGAGGCAGAGUUCACACCUGUGGCGAAGGGAGUUUUCAGAAGGCCAGCGUGGACGAAGCGUACUUGGAGCCCGCGCGGCGGACUCUGACCGCGGAGCUCCUCUCCUCCGAGCAACACCAAGGCAGACCCGCCGCGAAAGGGCAAAGGCGUCCUACCGCCGCCACUGAAACAUCAGCAGGGGCGGCAGAACGCCUAGUAGCGGGGAUCAAACGACCUCGCACCGGCGACAACAGCGUGUUUGUCGCUGGACACGGUGAUUAUAGUAGCUUGGCUCCGGCCUGCUCUAAGCAAAGAAGAGAGUGGGGCGAGAGUCAAUAUGGGCACACAGAAGGAGAUAGACACGAGUGGGAUGUGACCGUCGGGUAUGGAUCUUCUAUUGACGACGAUGAGCAGUCGGACGAGUGGGGAAGAAAACGGCGAAGAGAACACGAUGAUGUGAGGGACGUCGGUGAAGACGAGGAUCGACUCCUUGAGGCGGGCGGCUUGCUGGGGAAACGAAUACAGAAAACACUGCGAGAUGUGUUGAACUACGACUGUAGCGUCGGUGUAGCGAGCAACAAGUUUCUAGCCAAGCUGGCGACAAGCCUCGCCAAGCCGAAAGGUGUGCGCGUGCUACUGCGGCGAGACGUGCCCUCUCUUCUCGCUUCCACGCCUGCCACCAAGAUCCCUGGGUGUGGCACGGGCAGCGCGGCCGCUAGGCAUUUUUUGGGGUGGGGAGUGAGGUCGGUUUUCGAUUUGCGACAGAUCGAGGCGGCGGAGCUGCGCAAGCGCUUGGGAGAGCAGCUAGGCGCCAAGGUGUUCGACCGGUGUCGGGGCGUUGACAACGACCCGGUUGAGCCCGACCCGAUACCGAGCAGGGUUUCGUCGCAGCUGUCCCUUGUCCCGCUCAUUACCCCGGCCCGCUGCCUCGGAAGACCUGGUGAGGUGAGAUUAUCUAUUGAUGUUUAUACGAGUGUUCUCCCCACCGAUAUCAAGGCCGAUAUCAAGAAACUGACUCCCGUGUUUCCGUGGGAGGUGAAGCGUGUGGAACCGUUCCUGGUGACGUUGGUGGACGACCUUAUGGACCGCAUGAAGGAAGAGCUGGAGGAGAGAAAUCGGAGGCCGACAAAGCUAUGCAUCGAGCAUCACCUUCACCGUCGCGGCUCCAAAAGCCAGACGUUCGCCUUGCGUGCCCGACCUGCUCCGCGUGCUCGCACUCGCUACACGACCCCCACAAGCCCUGCUGCGGGAGUUGUAGACGAACGACAGGAACGUCAAGACGUGGCUGCACCAGAACCUACUGGAGAAACCGAAGACGCUGAAAGUCCUGGCGAUCUUGGACUUCCUUCAGCGCAAUCGUUAGUCGAGCUCGCACUCACGCCAUUCAAGAAUUACCAGAAUAGCAGGACAACCGCGUCUGGUGGGGGAGCACCAAUGGGAAAUGGAGCGCGGAGAGAAGCUGCAACAGGAGAGAAUGGAGGGAAACGAGCAGGGGCAGGAGGAGGAGACAAUUGCCCAUGUGAUACGCUUCCGCCCGUUGUGAAGCUGAACAUCUCGUUGCUCGGUUUCGAGAACGUGGGUCGGACGCAGUCAACAGCGGCUCCGCCUGGGCAGCGUACGCUCCGAGAUAUGAUGUGGCUGGAGAAACCCGCGGCGAAAACUGAUGCCGGUGCUGGAACGGAAGGCCGGCGGCGGGAUGGCAACAACCUGAACACAUCAGCAACUCCACCCAGAAAAAACGACCUUCCGCGGAAAUCGGCGGUAGCAGACACUGUCGAACCUUCCCCGGUGGCGCAGACGGUGGCUGUUAGAUCAGUAAAUCGUUCUGGGGUGAUCAAUUCCUCUUCCCCAACCCAACCAUGUAGCCUGCCGAAAGCUUCGAAUACGAUCGCAACAACAGGCGAUGGGGAUUCCCCACCAACGAUCGCAGAGCAAGGCAGCGUCCUGGUGCGUUGUCCGAGGUGCAAGGCGUGCUUGCCGGUGGGAGAAGCGUGGGACGCACACCGAGAGGCGCAUCUGGCGGUGUCGCCCCUUGCUGACGAUGGAAAGGAUGUAUCCAAAACAAGCGGACAGUCCACCCGGCCGCAUCAGUCAGAUGGCCCGGCGUCUGUUCACCCGCCGGACCGAUCGUUCGUGACGACGAAUGCAGCAGUAGAACCAUGUGCCGGCAACGAAGGACAAGCUGGAGGAUGCGUUGCUUUUGAAGACAAUGAUUUUCGAUCAGACUCGGCGUUCGAAGUACCGCUACGGGGGCGUGCUGGUAGCAGCGGAGAUGGCCGGGACGAGCUGUGGCGCAGCAGGAAGCUUUCAGACCUCCUGAUGCUGGCGGUCUCGCCUGAGCAGGCGGCGGAUGUACUCAAGCAGCGCGGCCUUCUGCGAGACGAUGGGCAGACUCGCUUUGCAAGCCUCCAUCUAUGAGGGAAGCAACAGCAAGCAAUGCUGGACCUCCGUCAAAAGUUCGCACACGUUCGUUUCCAGGAAAUAUGUGGAAGGUCGACGGGGGCGUUCUGCACGGUUUGCCAUCGGGGUGGGGAUGUGCUAUGUGGACGGUGUGGCGCCUUCACGGCUGUGGGCGACGAAGUUGAUGGUUACAUUCCUGCGUACAGUAGCACCCUAUUCUAUCGUAUAUUGCCUCGAGGGCGUUGCAGUGUCCAUAUGCCUUGGCGUAGGUGCUUUCAUCAGUGGUUUUCACACUCUGUGCGUGCGUAUUGCUUAAUUGUACCUUUUAGAACAAUGGCGUGUGUUAGGUUGUA